UGUCUUUUUUGCCGGGCGGAAGAGGGCGAAGCGGAGAGGGAAAACAGCCCUCCUUUCCGGUGUAGGGGCACAGUUGAAGAAGCAACGAAGGAACGAGGAGUCGUUUGUAAGGAUGACACGGCAUGGCAAGAACUGCACGGCAGGAGCUGUCUACACCUACCACGAGAAGAAGAAGGACACAGCGGCCUCGGGCUACGGGACCCAGAACAUUCGCCUGAGCCGGGAUGCCGUCAAGGACUUCGAUUGCUGCUGCCUCUCUCUGCAGCCCUGCCAUGACCCUGUCGUCACCCCGGAUGGCUACCUGUAUGAGCGGGAGGCAAUUCUGGAGUACAUUUUGCACCAGAAGAAGGAGAUCGCCCGGCAGAUGAAGGCCUAUGAGAAGCAGCGGGGGGCCCGACGUGAGGAGCAGAGAGGGCUGCAGCGGGCUGCGGCCCAGGACCAGGUGCGGGGCUUCCUAGAGAAAGAGGCAGCCAUCGUGAGCCGGCCCCUCAACCCCUUCACACCCAAGGACGCUUCGGGGAGCAGCCCAGAUGAUGCCCGACCUGGGUCCAGUGCAGGCCCCACAGGCAAGGACAAGGACAAAGCGCUGCCCAGCUUCUGGAUCCCGUCCCUGACCCCCGAGGCCAAGGCCACCAAGCUGGAGAAGCCUUCGCGCACCGUGACCUGCCCUAUGUCCGGGAAGCCACUGCGCAUGUCGGACCUGACCCCCGUGCGCUUCACGCCGCUCGACAGCUCCGUGGACCGCGUGGGGCUCAUCACUCGCAGUGAACGCUACGUGUGCGCUGUGACCCGCGACAGCCUGAGCAACGCCACGCCUUGCGCCGUGCUGCGGCCCUCUGGGGCCGUGGUCACUCUGGAGUGCGUGGAGAAGCUGAUUCGGAAAGACAUGGUAGACCCCGUGAACGGGGAGAAGCUGACGGACCGAGACAUCAUCGUGCUGCAGCGGGGCGGCACAGGCUUCGCGGGCUCCGGAGUGAAGCUGCAGGCUGAGAAGUCGAGGCCGGUGAUGCAGGCCUGAGUGCGUGGGAGACCAAAUAAACGGGCUUGGACUCAAUGGCUUUGUGGUGCCUUCCUUGGCUGCGCUGGAUCCCAGGGGCCCCCCCAGGC